GCGCGCCAAGGAGGCGUGACGUCGGACGGCGACCUGGACGCUGGCGUCAGGCAGUUGAGCCGAGGAGCCAGGCAGUGUCCUUGUGCUCCGUUCCUUCUCUGGUACCGGGCCGCGGCCGGAGGCUUUGCAGGUGGAAAGAUGGCAUUUGUGAAGAGUGGAUGGUUGCUGCGACAGAGUACUAUUUUGAAGCGCUGGAAGAAGAAUUGGUUUGAUCUGUGGUCAGAUGGUCAUCUGAUCUAUUAUGAUGACCAAACUCGGCAGAGUGUAGAGGAUAAGGUCCACAUGCCAGUGGACUGCAUCAACAUCCGCACAGGACAUGAAUGUCGGGAUAUUCAACCUCCAGAUGGGAAGCCAAAAGACUGUAUGCUGCAGAUUGUUUGCCGAGAUGGGAAAACCAUCAGUCUUUGUGCAGAAAGCACAGAUGAUUGUUUGGCCUGGAAAUUCACACUCCAGGAUUCCAGGACAAACACAGCUUAUGUUGGCUCAGAAGUCAUGUAUGAUGAGACUGCCGUGGCAUCCUCCCCACCUCCUUACACAGCCUAUGCUGCACCCACCCCUGAGCAGGCAUAUGGCUAUGGUCCAUACAGUGGUGCGUACCCACCAGGAACUCAAGUCGUCUAUGCUGCAAAUGGGCAGGCUUAUGCUAUACCGUAUCAGUACCCAUAUGCAGGACUUUAUGGACAGCAGCCUGCCAACCAAGUCAUCAUUCGUGAGCGGUAUCGAGACAAUGACAGUGAUCUGGCGCUAGGCAUGCUGGCUGGAGCAGCCACAGGCAUGGCCUUGGGGUCUCUGUUUUGGGUCUUCUAGGGCCCUUGGAACCUGGAUGUGCAUAGCUUCUGAUACCCUGUGUGCAAUAAUAUAAUUUGCAGGGCAUUUCUGUUUGUGAUAAAUGUUUUUAAUAAUAGUUUUAAUAGGUCUUUUGAAAGUAGUGACAUCAUACUUAUAACUAAUCUAUGUAAGUACCAUGGAGAAGGCUUUGGACUGCUGUUAGUGAAAACAUGGACUAUUUGGGGGCACUGGCUCAUUCUAGAAGUUUCCUCAUAGAACCCUCAGAAUACCUUGUUUGAACACACCUAUUUUGAAAGGCCAUUUUCUUUUUAGAAUUUGGUGUAGUGCUUAAGGGAUAAUUUAUUGUAGUGUUAUGCUAGUGACAUGGUGAUGUAUGAGUGUUGAGUGAUUGUGGCAAGAAAAACUGCAGCUUUUUUGGUGUAAUGCCAGACUUUGAAACCUCAGACCAGAACUGGCUGCAUGUUACUUCAGAAGCUAUAGGCUGGACUGUCCCUGAGGCAGUGGUGUGACAUCCCAUAGCCUUUGGGGCUCCAAGGCUCCCAGCAAAGCCGACUGCUCAGGAUGAUGGGGGGAUGGCAGUUCCCCCUUUUAAAUGAUGCUUCUUCAUUUUAUUCUUGUUUGUUUUUGGUAGUGAUCCUUGGAAGACAUCCCAAAUUAUGAAUAGGUCUGUCAUUUAAAACUAGAAGAAAACAAAAUACAACAAAUAUGUGGAGAUAGAUUUGCUUUAUUCAUUGUUUGCUUUGAGUAUUUUAAUUGCCACCUUGGCCUACUUAAUAGCUUAUUUUUCUACUUGUUGAGAAAGUAAUAUUAAGAGAAUGAUGAGGAAAGUGGAAUGAGAGCCAUAGUUGGUGUUACUAUUUCAGGAGAUUUCGCUGCACUGAGGAUGCCCUUCCCGUCCUGAGGCUGUUGCAGAGCCUUUGGCUGUCCCGUGCAGGACCUCGGAGCCCCGGUGGUGGUAUAGGUUAGAGAUGGGAAUUGUGGCCACGCACAUGAAUGACCUGCUUAAAACAUCACUCCUCCUGACCAGGACACCACCCUUGUUUUUAUUCCUGACUCAAGUGUCUUAGAGAAGCUUAAACCAUUUAAUUUUGAGCCCCAAGUGUGUAUGGAGCUCUGGAGAACCCAGAGUCCUGUGUUUCUGUUAUUUCUUCUUUAUCUAUGUCAAUUUAAAAACUUCAGUUAUUCCAGUUUUCUGUUCUGCAUGCUUUAAAAAAUGUGCUUUUACAAAAGCAGUUGAGCACCUUGAAAAUCUUUGCCCCCACACUCCAUGUGGCCCCAUUUUCCGUAAAAUACACUCCUAGUAGCACAAAUUCUAUUUUUAUUCUGUGUAGCCAGUUCCAUACAUAGUCUUUUUGUGGAAAGACUGGUCAACUGACUCCAUCUCAAAGUCAUAUGUGACGAGGUCUAGCUCCGAAUGAGCCCAUGUGCCAAAUGCACUUUGCGGUGAUCACAGGUCUGUUUUCCCAACCAAUUCUACUGCACUUGCUGACACCAGAGCAUCCGUUUCCAGCUGAAAGGAAGUGUAUUUAGCUGUCAUCUCUUUGGAUGUUUGACAUAGUGGAAAAUUGCCAGAUGUGAUGUGUGACACCAUUGGUUUUGUUGAUUAAAGCUGUUGCGUUUGUGAUUUUACAUUUUAUAUAAUAAGAGUGGUUUUGUUAAGAUGUUAAUCAUUAAAGCUCUAUGCUUUACUUACAAAACACUAAACUCAAUUUUUAAUGUUGCAUUGGGUAUUAAUUUUGAACUUCGAGUUAUUGGAACCACAGAGUACUGAGUUAUGUCACUGAAACACCCUUGAAGCAAAUGUGUCUCCCCUGUGUCUCCUGGCCGCCCUCUGACAAAAAGGAGUAAGCUGUGGCCUGAAACUUGGGCACACGUGUGUGCCCGCAUCUCCAGUCCCUGUCCCCAGAGGGGCCAGCCUUGUUGGGUAUCUAGAGUUGAAUCUGGAAAUUCACUGUCACUAGUGAUUUGAUCCUGCGAGGAAAUGCACACUUGGUGUAGAUGGGCUGAGAUACCUCAUUUCCCUGGCCCCAACUACCGUAGAUGCCAAUCUUUUGGUCGCCUUGUUUAGGUAACCCUAAAUCAAGAAGGAACUUGUUCAGGUUUGAGUCAGCAUUUUACUUCUGUGUGUACUUUUUAAGAGUGUACCUGAAAGAAGUUGGCAGUUGACAUUGCACACAUGCCAGUCUGCUUGUGUUUAGCUCUGUUCUUUAAUUCCUUGAGUUAACUUCUGGGUCUUAGAGGUGAAGAGAAAGGAGAGACCAGUAUGUUUCAGAUCAUCAAGAAGUGAGCCAGACCAGGACGUGAGAUCUGGAUCAUGGAAGAAAGACCUGCUGUUGAGACAGAAUGACCCACGUUUUAUUAUCUACAUUAAUUGUGAUCCUGUAUGAUCUUUCUUUCUCCUAUGCGAGUUUAUGUACACACUAGCAUGGAACACAAUUCCGUUGUUUUCCCCUAGAGGUGAUCUUUUUUCUGAUUGCUUGCCUGUCUCUGGUAUUCUAUUGUGUCCUCAGAACCUGUUUUUCCCUAUGUAUGCAAACUGUAUGUUUAUAAGUGAAAAUGUUAAUACAUUAAAUGAUCAUUAACCUUAAAGCAUA